CGUCACGCGGCAAUCCCCAGUCCGCAUCCGCGCGUUACUUAAGUCGCUAUCGCCGUAUAACCCGCUCCGCUAUGAAAGGCAAAGGAAAAACCAAAGGUGCAAAAACCAAAAACAUGGACAAACUUAUCGCUGCCGUGCAGGCGAGAGAGUGUUUGUGGGAUAAAAGUUAUAGGGGCCACCGAAAUCGUUUUAAAUUGGAGAGAUACUGGAACGAAGUAGCAGCAGAAGUCGGAACAACAAGUCUAAACUGUAGGAAAAAAUGGAAGAAUCUCAAAGAUCAAUGUCGGAAAGAAAUAAAAAAGAAUCAAGAAGUGUCAGACUGGCCACAUUUCGAGAAAUUGAAAUUUAUUCACAAUCAGUUUGUGGUAGAUGAAGAAGAAGCAGAGGAUACCGCUGAAGAAGUGUUUAAUUCUUUAGAUGAAUCAAUUAAAACACCGAAACUCGGUUACACAAUGCGUAAAAAGCUGCUUAUGAAUAAACGGCGAAUAAUAGAUGUUGAUAUGGAUAAAUUAAUCGAACUAGUGAGGACGAGAGAGAUUAUAUGGAAUAGGCAGCUAAAGGGCCAUCAUAAUUGGUACAAACUAGAUGAAGCUUGGAAGGAAAUUGCCGCUGAGUUGGGAGUUACACGUGACGAAGCCAGGCUAAAAUGGAAGUAUCUACGCGAUCAAGCGCGAAAAGAAAUGCGGAAACAAGAUUCUGACUGGGGGCUGCUACCUAAACUUCAGUUUCUUGAGAAUCAGUUCUUCGACAACGAUGACGCUGAAUUCGCUGAUGAUUCUUAUAGCCAAGAUUUCGAUGCGGAGCAACCAAGCAAUUACUACACCAACGCUGAACCUGAAACAGCGGCCGUUGAUGAAGAAGUAGCUCAUGAUACCUCAGCAAGAGAAGAUGAAUUCGACGAAUUUGAUACGAAACCUAUUAUAAUGGAAACUGACUUUUAUGAUGAUGAUGAGGAAAUACCGAAGUGUGGUGAAACGGCAGAAGUGGCCAAGGAUGAAGAUAUAGGUUUCUUUAACAGUCUCUUGCCACAUGUGAAGAAACUCGGGCCAGCUAAGAAAUUAAUGCUAAGAAUGAAAAUACAAGAGUUAGUAUAUAAUACAGUUUACAAUACAUAGAAUACGUUGUAUGCGGUUGAGUUUGAUUAAAAAGAACUGUCGGGUUAACGGGUUUAACAUCUCCUUUAUUGUGCAUACCAGAAAUGGUUGCCCGGCCCAACACUCAGGCAUAUCUCUGAACAUUUUUAUGAUUAAAAAUCUUGGUUAUGUUAGCCAUAACUAGCAAAACCAAACAACUAAUUAUUAUCAUUAUUAUUAUAAAGCUGUAUGAGUAUAUAGUGCUUAUAACAAUGUUUUCUAAGAUGGGGCCCCAUAUUCAUAUAAUAAAUUGUUAGGGGGAUCUGAAUUAUUCUGAAUUUGAAUUUCAGUUUUUCUUUAUACGUAUACGUAUGAAAUUUCUUCAAAAUCUAACAUAUUUAUGUGAACAAUUCAUUUUUAAUACCAUUCGUGAUUAUAUAUAUAUACGUAGAGAGAUCAAUGUUGUAGAGGGCUAGAAUUACUUUGAAUAACGAAACGUAGAACUGCAUUGUAAUUAUUACUGUCAUCUGUGAUGUUUAGACCAAUCAUAAUAUGGGCGGUCAGUUUCUAAAACUUUGUUUAAUGGAUCUAACGGAUUGACAGAUCGUGCCGUUUGUCUCUGGACUUCAGUUGACCUAUCACAAUCGAUGACGAUGACGUCAUUCGUCUAUUGUUUUACAAUCUUACUCCCGCGUAAUUUGGUUAUUCUUAUUGUAAUCGUAAAUAGUUUAAUUGUAAUAUAUUAGCUUAGAUUAAACAUAGGUGUAGUGUUGUAAAAGUAACAAUAUUUUGUUAAAAAGUAAUGAUAUAUUUUUUAAAAUUUAUAUUUAAAUUAUGUAGUUAACAUAAAUAAGACUUGCACAAUAAAAAGUUUAGUGAUUUAUUAAAGUUAUUAAUAUCAUUCAACCAGAAGAUAUAAUGUAAAACUUAUAUUUAUGAGUUUUACAUUUAGGUUAAAAUUCAUACCAUGUAUGUACCUACUGCUCACUUUAUGCUUCUUGAGAAGUUAGUUGAUUGAUGUGAUUAGAAAUGUAAGAAAUUGCCUACGGUCUGUCGUCGUGAGAUGAGGAUGAUUCUAAAGGAGAUAGCGUUGAGUCUUACUUCAGUACGUCAAGAAUGCAUUGGCUUUAGUCUCAUUUCUGAAUGUUAGCCUUAGCACGCUUUAUAAAUUAUAGUUAUUUGGAAAUUUAAAUAAGUAAUAUACUGCGUAUGUAAUCUAUAGCGGUCCUUAGUUAAUGACGCAAUUGUAAAACAAAUAUAUUUUCAAGAAGAUAUAUGGUAACUUUUUUAUACGUGUUGUAAUUAUAAUAUUGAUUAUAUCAUGUUAUCACAAUACCUACAAUUAUUAGCUAGCUCGUAGAAAAUACAAUCGCUGUAAACUUUACAUUCCAAAUUUAAAUUACUUUAUAAU